GGGGAGGAGCUGGGGCUUCCGCCUGGCCGCGGUGGGCGCGCUCACCCGCGUCUGAGGGGCGCCUUUCCUGUGCGGGUUCUCGCGCUCUGGUUAGUCCCAUGGAAGCGUAGUCCUCGAGACAGUUUUCUCGUUCCGUUUACCAAAGCGUCUUCCCUCUGGUAUACUAGCGCAGGUUUAGGGCGGUGACGCUGUGAAUGCCGCACUCGCGAGCCAGGCCCCGCCGGGACGCCGGCAGGGGCGCCGGGACAGCCGGACGGAACGAGCUGGUGUCGCGGUCCCUGCAGAGCGCAGAGCACUGCUUGGGCGCCCAGGACUUCGGCACCGCCUAUGCCCACUACCUCCUCGUGCUCAGCCUGGCGCCGGAGCUGAACGACGAUGUGAAGGAAACUUUUCAGUAUACACUCUUCAGAUGGGCUGAAGAGCUUGAUUCUCUCAAUCGAACACAAGACUUACUUGGUUGCUAUGAGCAAGCCUUGGAACUGUUUCCUGAUGAUGAAGUGAUUUGCAAUAGUAUGGGGGAGCAUCUCUUCAGGAUGGGAUUUAGAGAUGAAGCAGCUGGGUAUUUUCAUAAAGCAGUGAAGCUAAACCCUGAUUUCAAUGAUGCCAAGGAGAAUUUUUAUCGUGUUGCAAACUGGUUGGUGGAACGCUGGCACUUUAUUAUGCUUAAUGACACCAAAAGGAAUACGAUUUAUAAUGCAGCAAUUCAAAAGGCUGUUUGUUUGGGGUCUAAAAGUGUCUUGGACAUUGGAGCAGGAACUGGAAUAUUAAGCAUGUUUGCUAAAAAAGCUGGAGCGCACUCGGUGUAUGCCUGUGAGUUAUCCCAGACCAUGUAUGAACUUGCCUGUGAUGUAGUGGCAGCAAACAAGAUGGAAGCAGGGAUCAAACUCUUACAUAUGAAGUCACUUGACAUUGAAAUUCCAAAACACAUUCCUGAAAGAGUGUCCCUAGUUGUAACAGAAACUGUCGAUGCAGGUUUAUUUGGAGAAGGAAUUGUGGAGAGUUUGAUUCAUGCAUGGGAGCAUUUACUUUUGCAGCCAAAGACCAAAGCUGAAAAUGGUAAUUAUGAAAACUAUGGGAAAGUUAUACCAGCAAGUGCUGUUAUAUUUGGGAUGGCAGUAGAAUGUGCAGAGAUAAGAAGACAUCAUAGGGUGGGUAUUAAGGACAUUGCUGGGAUCUGUUUGCCAACAAAUGUGAAAUUUCAGAGUCUAGCUUAUUCUUCUGUAGAUACUGAAGAAACAAUUGAACCUUAUACAACUGAGAAGAUGAGUCGAGUCCCUGGGGGAUAUUUGGCUUUGACCGAGUGCUUUGAAAUUAUGACAGUAGAUUUCAACAAUCUUCAGGAAUUAAAAAGUCUUGCAACUAAAAAACCUGAUAAAAUUGGUGUUCCUGUUAUUAAAGAAGGCAUACUAGAUGCUAUUGUGGUUUGGUUUGUACUCCAGCUCGAUGAUGAACACAGUUUAUCCACAAGUCCUAGUGAGGAAACAUGUUGGGAACAGGCUGUCUACCCUGUACAUGAUCUUGCAGACUACUGGAUAAAGCCUGGAGACCAUGUGAUGAUGGAUGUGUCUUGUCAAGAUUAUUACUUAAGAAUCCAGAGCAUCAGUGUCUUUGGUUCGGAACAUGAAAUGGAUGUUGCGAAAAGUUUUACCAAGAAUAAAGACUUUCUCUCCUUAGGAAAUGAGGCUGAACUCUGUAGUGCCCUGGCUAACCUUCAGACCAGUCAACCAGAUGCUGUAGAGCAGACAUGUGUGUUGGAAUCCACAGAAAUUGCUUUGCUUAAUAACAUCCCAUAUCAUGAAGCCUUUAAAGUGGCAAUGAGGAAAGUGUUGUCUUCACUGACCCCAGAGAAACUGUGUCCGGCCAUGGAUACUCACUGUCAGAAUAAUGAGAUGAGCUGUGGAAGUGGACAGAAUAGUUCUGAACAGAGUGCUCCUGAACCUUUCUAUGUGUUAGAUGUGUCUGAAGGCUUCUCUAUUCUGCCUAUAAUUGCUGGCACACUUGGGCAGGUUAAACCUUACAGUUCUGUGGAGAAAGACCAGCAUCGUAUCACUCUGGACCUCAUAUCUGAAACCAAUCACUUUCCUAAAGAAACACUUGAGUUUUGGUUGAGACAUGUGGAAGAUGAAUCUGCUGUGUUGCAAAGGCCAAAAUCAGACAAGUUGUGGAGCAUAAUUAUAUUGGAUGUCAUUGAGCCAUCUGGGCUCAUUCAGCAGGAAAUAAUGGAAAAAGCUGCAAUAUCCAGAUGUUUGCUACAAUCUGGAGGCAAGAUCUUUCCUCAGUACGUGCUGAUGUUUGGGUUGCUUGUGGAAUCACAGACACUGGUAGAAGAGAGUGCUGUUCAAGGAACGGAACGAACUCUUGGAUUAAAUAUAGCACCUUUUAUUAACCAGUUUCAGGUACCUAUACGUGUGUUUUUGGACCUAUCCUCAUUGCCUUGUAUACCUUUAAGCAAGCCAGUGGAACUCUUAAGACUGGAUUUAAUGACUCCGUAUUUGAACACCUCUAACAGAGAAGUAAAGGUACAAAUUUGUAAAUCUGGACAAGUGACUGCCAUUCCAUUUUGGUAUCAUAUGUACCUUGAUGACGAGAUUAGGUUGGAUACUUCGAGUGAGACCUCCCACUGGAAACAAGCUGCAGUUGUUUUAGAUAAUCCCAUCCAGGUGGAAAUGGGAGAGGAGCUCAUACUCAACAUCCAGCACCACAAAAGCAAUGUCAGCAUCACAGUAAAGCAAUGAAGAGCAGUUUUCUAAUGAAAAACUGUUUAAGUAGAGCAGCAAGUACACGAUUCUUCUCCUCUGAAUUAGUGGGAUUGUAAUCAUAAAAUGGAGUAUAAAGAUUUAAUUCUUUGUAAUGGUCAAAUAUUUUUUUAAAUUGACAUAAAUAAAAUGUAUUUAAAAGAUCCUAAAUUAAGAGUAGCAUUAUUACAAAAAUAUUGCUGCAGGCUUCCUUUCUCAAAAAGGCUGCCGUUAAUUUUUCAAAUGAGUAAACUUUGUUAUUGCUUGGUUUUAACUUGCUAUAGAUCAAAUUUUGCUAAACACUUUUUUCUACACAUUAAAGCUAUAGAGAUAAGGGAUUUAGUCUCAUCUUCAUUGUCAUGUGUAAGUAAAGCAAAACUUAAUUUUUUAGGCAUUUUGGCUUUUUUUCUUAAAUCCAAACUUAAAAUUCAGAAACAUCAAAAUGUUGGCUUCCACUGAAGACAGAGAGUUAUGGUUACCUGUAAAUUCCAAGCUUGUGGCUUUUAAAUACUUGGCUACUUCUGAAACAGCUUCUCAGGUUUUGUUUUAUAAGAAUUUAAGUUAUAAGCUAAAUGUAAUUAUGAGAGUAAAAGAGGGACAAAAUAAAAUCUUCAGGAGGCAGCAUUUUUCCUGGUUUACUUUGGCAAAGAAAAAUUUAAAAGCUGAUAAAUUCAAGAAAGAGUUAAACCUAAACCAGUAUUUUUCAGUUUUGAUUUGGAUGCACAGUAAGAAAUAUAUAAUAAUUUGUCCAAUUUUUAAAAACUUGAAAUAGGGAGAUUAAUAAGGAAGAUUAUCAUGCCUUGUAUAUACUGUGUGCUCUUUGUAAGCCACAAAGAAAAUAAGAUGGACCUUCUCCCACACUGCCUAUUCUCAUUGCCUCUAAUGUUAUACUACCCAGCAUUACUUUCAAUAGAAAUGUUUAGUUGAUAACAGUGGACAGAAUAAAGACUGUACCUAAUUACUGUGAACCAGUAUAUAUAUGUGAAUAUGUGUGUGCAUAAAUAUAUAAAGCAAAGGAUUUGAAAAAUAAUAUUUAUCCUUGCUAUUUGCAACAUACUGUAUUUUAUUUUCAGUAUAAAAUGUUAAACAUGACCCAAUGGGUUGUGAUUAGCAAUUAGAGAAACUCCAUUCUAAGUAAUAAAUUUCUCCCAAAUAGCACCUACACAUCUUCUGACUGGUUUAAUGAAUAAUUAAUUAAGACUAUUCAGCUUACAGGCUGGCCCUGUGGCCUAGUGGUUAAGUUCGGAGUGCUCCGUUUCGGCAGCCUGUGUUUGGUUCCUGGGUGUGGACCUUUACCACUUGUUGGCGGCCAUGCUGUGGUGGCAACCCACGUACAAAAUAGAGGAAUAUUGACAAAAUAGAGGAAUAUUG